AUGUCCAAACUUCCGAAGAGCGACGACGAGCUUGGGAAAGUGCUACUCCAGGUCCAUGAGGAUUUAUUAGAACUGAAACGUCAUCUUGAUAAACUCGCUCUCGACGAGGUGGGUGAGAGUUUGAACCUUCAAACCUUGGAUGCUGCCAUUCACAGGGCGGAGAGGGGCAUCAAGAAACAUGCAGAGGAGUGUUUCAAAACAGUGAAUCGGCAGCUGCUGAUUCUUCCCAGCAUCGAAGACGUUAAAAAGAAUACAGUGCAGAUUCCCAAAGGGAGACCAUCACUGGAGAGUGUUCCAAGCAUGUGGCCUCACCAAGGAGACAUUAUGGGGGCCUCUCAGGGGGGAAAACACAAGUCAUCUUUAAUGAUGCGCUUGCUGCAUAACCCUGCUCACCCAAAGAACAGAGGGAUUAUGCAUCAAAAGUUUAGUAUCCCAAUCCCUGAUGUGCACAAAAAGAGACCUAAUUCAGCGAAACGUCACAGAUUACUGACGGGCCCUGGUGUGGGGCGCCUGUCUGGUGUACCAGGGGGACAUCACAAUAACCUCUACCUAGGAAGGCCUGAGGACAACAUGAGAUCAGGCCCGACCAGCAGGAAGUCUGAGUGUCACAAGCAGCUGACAUGGAAGAUGGAGCCUGACUCUACCCAAGAGAAGAAGAACAAAGAAUGCAUGGCCACCUGGACCACCGAGGCACGCCCUCCCCCUGCAUCCUCCAAGGAUUCUGGCCACAGGAGAACGAUGCAAGGGGCCAACCGUCUCACCUCUGGAAGCCCUGAGGACCUCCCUGCUCUAGUUGCCGUCGCCAUUAGUGAAUUCCCUUUCAACAUCACAGAGGGAAGGGUCGACCCAACAGCUGAAGACUUCGGUCGAUUCAAGCAGCACUACUGCUUCUGCUGGGGCACCCUGGUGGACACCCUGAGCGCCCUGGAGAAGCUGCUCAGGGAGUUUGCUGUGCCUCUGGCCAGGGUGAAUGGAGAAAGACUGGCGGAUUUUAGCCGGAGUUAGGACGCCGGCUUGAGUAAGACUCCCCCAGUUAUGAGCCUUCUCUCAGCGCUUGAAAACCGGGAGGAUGUGUUGGAACUGCUGUUACGCCCAGGUCAGCGUUACAAGGGAGAGGGAGGAACUGAGGCAGCUGCUGUCCGCAUCCAGUCCUGCUGGAGGUGCCACUCCACCCGUACAGCCUACCUGUGCCAUCGCCGGCGCAAGUGGGCGGCGGGGACCAUUGCCAUAUCCUGGUUGAUGCACGCUCAGAUGCGUCGCGUGAGAAAGGCCCUGCAGGCCAGGCGUCUCAGACAGCUGGAGAAUUACUGCAGCAGAGCCCAGCAUCUGGCAGCCAACUGGAAACACAUCCAGUCCUCCAAGAGGACCAUUAUCCACAUCCCAUCAUUAGGAUACUCCUGGAGACAACGCUUAAGUUUGAAGGGCUUUGACAUCCUGCAGAAUGUCCAGAUAUGUAGGCUGUGUGAUGUCAGAGAUGAGAAUGUGGAGGUGAUCUAUGUGUCUCCGCGGCAUCUUGGAAAUGACAUUUCUGACUAUUACACCAGGCUCCUGGGUCUUCAAGGGACGACGGAGGUUGGUGAUGCAGGGCCAGCUCAGUCUUCUGCCUCCAUCAAGCGCUUUAUCAUCCUUACGCCUGAUGCUGCAGAUUAUUUCCCGACCCACAACAUGUGCCUGUCCACCCUGCUUAAGUACAGCCCACGCACCCUGCAGCGCAUUAAGAACCUAAUCCAGGGUAAGCAUGCCUAUAUCGUGGGUGGUGUGGCCCAUGUGGAUGACCUGACUGUGGCUGAUGAGCUGGGUGUGCCCAUUUUGGGCCCAGAGCCGGCUGUGGCCCAGCUCUGCAGUACCAAGUCUGGAGGGAGGAGGAUCUUCACAGCUUCAGAUGUCACCUUACCCCCUGGGCGGGGGGACAUUUACUCCCUUAACCAGCUUCAUGAAACUCUGGCCCUGCUGAUGACUCCGAACCUGGAUGGGCCACGCUGGCUUUUCAAGAUGGACUCCGAGCUGGCUGGUCGUGGUACAGCGUACUGUGACGUGUGCCAUCUUGGCUGCUAUGGCUGGGCUCUGCAGAAGUACCACCGUUACGGUCCAGAUCUAUGGAGCACGAAAUGGGCUCAGGAGCCUGUUCUGCUUAAAUAUUUAGAUGAGGUCCCUGAGUGGCUGGCACAUCAUGCCCAGCCUGCUGAAACCUCAUGUUAUCCCAACUGGACCUGUUUCCUGAAGACCUUCCUCAGGCAAGGUGGGGUGGUGGAGGCCUACCCCCCCGCAGACAGCGUGGCAUGUCUGACAGUGGAUCUCUUGCUGGAGCCAGGGGGUGAGGUGACCAUGUUGUCCUGCGGAGACCAACUCCAUGGCUCCUGUCGGCUGGCGACCGUAGGCUCCUCUGUCCCCCAAACCUCGGUACGCCCAGAUGUCCUGCAUUCCAUCUGCACACGAGUGGGUCGAGCCUGCCUUCAGCACCACAUCACAGGCUACGUCUCUCUGGACCUGGUCACUUUCCUGGACCCCAGCACCCUGGUGCAGAAGGUGUGGGCUGUUGACUUGGACCUGAAGUACAGUAACCAGCUGGCCAUGACCCAGAUGCUGCUGUCUGCGACUGGCGGAAAGCUGGAUUGCCACACGUGUUGUUUAGAAGCGCCGGUGCCAAUUAAGGAGAGCUCUUCUGACCAUCAGAUAGCAGCUAAACCUGCCACAGAUUAUCGCUAUGCUGUCAUUGGGAGUCGCUUGCUUCACGCCAACUUGUCUAUGGUGUAUCGUAAUAUUUUCUUUAAGAUGUGCAAGUUUCAGGGCAUCGGAUUUGACGUUAAGAAGAAGCGAGGGACAGGUUUUGCUCUUUAUGGCAUCAGUGAGAGACAUAGCCUUGGGAUGGUAAGCAUCUCGGAGGAUCUCCAGGGAGCCCUAGUGACCUUUGCUCGGAAUCUGUCAGUCAUUCAUCAGGAAAUAUCAUCCCCUAAAACGCAAGGAGAGACCAAUUUCAAGGACCUGAUCAAGGAACUAGAAGAUAUUCCACGGACGACCGCCCAGAACAAAGUGCAAGCAGUGGAAGAUGACAAAGCUGUUGCCUGA